AUGUCUCCUCCUACCAAGUAUGCUGUCGCAUUGUUUCCUGGGUUCCAAGCCCUAGAUGUGUUUGGCCCUUUGGACGUCCUAAACUUCACAUCCAAGCGCCAACCUCUCGAGCUCUCACUCCUUCAUACUUCUCUCGAUCCUGUGUCUACGUUAGAAGAUGACUCUCCUGGCCGUAUCGGACAAAGUGUUGUCCCAACUCAUACCUAUGAUAAUGCACCGGAAGAUAUUGAAGUCCUGCUCGUACCCGGGGGAAGAGGCUCGCGAAAUCCAGAAAAUGUGAAAAGAGUCCGGGAAUUUGUCAAGGAGAGAUACCCUAAACUGAGGUUCCUUCUGACUGUCUGCACUGGCAGUGCCAUCGUGGCCCAGUCGGGCCUGCUUGAUGGAAAGGAAGCAACUUCGAAUAAGAGGUCCUUUGACUGGGUUGAGACGCAAGGGCCCAAUGUCAAGUGGGUGCGAAACGCAAGAUGGGUUGUCGAUGGCAAUAUUUGGACUUCAUCUGGAAUCUCAGCAGGUAUUGAUAUGAUCUAUGCUUUCAUUGCAGAGCAGUAUGGACAGGAGAUCGCAGAUGACACUGCAGAUGGUUCUGAGUAUGUCCGCAACACCGAUCCCAAAUCAGACCCGUUUGCCGUCUAG